UGUACUGCAGCAAUGGCGGCUCCCAUGUCUUGGAGGAGGCUGGUGUACUCUGUGUACUCGCCGGCCAUUGCCGGGGUUUUCACCCGGAUAUCUGACCGGUUGUUCCGUGCACGGGACCGGCGAGGAGGGUCCUCUGUGCUCCUUCUGGCUCCCCUUUUGGCUGAAACUGACCCGGUUCCUUGUCGCAUCUCCAGACCCACUGGCUCAGCUGGAGCUCAACAAACAGACGAUCUCUGCACCCGUUUCCGAUGGAUGGCAGAGCACGUACCAGCCUUCCGGGUGCCAGGCUCCCAUGUCCACAUUCUCACAUCACCUGACCAAUUCUACCAAGCCAUGAAGGCUCGUAUCAAGACUGCACAGAGGCGGGUGGUGAUGGCCUCUCUCUAUCUGGGAACAGGUCAGCUGGAGCAGGAGCUGGUGGACUGUAUGGAGGAAGCGCUCCAACGUUCCCAGGACAACAGCCGUUCUCCAGACCUGAAAGUUUCCAUAUUGCUGGACUACACACGCGGAUCACGAGGGAAGAUUAACUCAAGGACCAUGCUGCUCCCUCUGCUGCAGCGCUUCACAUCUCAGAUGAGGGUGUCUCUGUACCACACUCCAGACCUGAGGGGGCUGCUGCGGCUGCUGGUCCCGCAGCGCUUCAAUGAGACCAUCGGAGUCCAGCACAUCAAAGUCUAUCUGUUUGACGACAGCAUCAUCAUCAGCGGGGCCAACCUGAGUGACUCGUACUUCACCAACAGACAGGACCGCUACGUUCUGCUGGAGAACUGCAGGGACGUCGCCGACUUCUUCUCCGACCUGGUGGAGGCCGUGGGAGACGUCUCCCUGCAGCUUCAACCCGACGACUCGGUCACCAUGCUGGAAGGCAUGGUGCACCCGUACAAAGGCAACCGGCUGGACUUCUCGGCAGCGGCGAGAAAGCGGAUCAUGGAGGUGGUAAACUCGGCCCAUAUUAGGCAGCAGCUGCUCCUGAACCAGUCGGAGGACUCUGAGGACGAGGGGAUGAGCGAGGUGGAGGAGGACACCUGGGUGUUCCCGCUGGUGCAGAUGAAACCUAUCGGCAUCAGGGUGGACGAGCAGGUCACGCAGCGCCUGCUGACGGACACCGGGUCGGACUCUACCGUGUUUCUCACAUCGGGUUACUUCAAUCUGACGCGGGCGUACAUGCGGCUCGUGCUCAGGGCUGGAGCCAACUACCGCAUCCUCACCGCCUCCCCCGAGGUCAACGGGUUCUUUGGGGCCAAGGGUGUCGCUGGAGCGAUCCCUGCAGCGUACACCCACAUUGCCAGGCAGUUUUACAAACAGGUGUGCCAGCUGGGCCAACAGGAGAGAGUGCACCUGCAUGAGUACCACCGACCACAGUGGACCUUCCACGCUAAAGGUCUGUGGUAUUACCUCCAGGGGCAGGAUCGGCCUUGUCUCACUCUAAUUGGCUCCCCUAAUUUCGGUUACCGCUCAGUUCACCGUGACCUGGAGGCCCAGAUCGCCAUAGUAACGGAGAAUGAGGCGCUUCAGAGCCAGCUGCAGGAGGAGCAGGAGAUGUUGUAUCAGCGCUCCACUGAAGUGUCCAGCUCUACGUUCGAGCGGCCCGACCGCCACGUCAAACUGUGGGUGAAACUGGUCACGCCGCUCAUCAAGAACUUCUUCUGAGGUGGCAGACGGCGCACACCUGUCCUGAGUUCUGAGUUGAAGGUCUCGGUGGAGGCGGACGUCAGCCAGCUCCCGUAGAAGAAGCACACUGGACUGUGAACGGCACGCUGGGAGCCAGCGUCUUCAGUAUGUCCCAGGAAGUGACUAAGAUACGCACACACAGCAGGACGUGUAUGUGGUGGACUCAGGAGGUAAAUCCUCUUUGUUAAAGCUUUGGAUCCAUUUUCACUCUGUUACACUCUUUAUGUAUUAACAUGUGAUGUCAUAGCACUGUGGGACUCUGGUUUUGUAGUGUUGCUAACUACAAGCCUUUAAAA